CGGCGGCCGGGCUCCAGCGCUUAAUGCAGCUGAAACUGCGCCAUGCAGGAAGCCCCAGCCGCGCUGCCCUCGGAACCCGGUCCCAGCCCCGUGCCUGCCUUCCUCGGCAAGCUAUGGGCGCUGGUGGGCGACCCAGGCACCGACCACCUGAUCCGCUGGAGCCCGGUGAGGGCUGGGGCCCUUCGACUUCCUCAGUGGUCCCGGGGAUCCCUCCAUUUCAGUGAACGUCCAUGCUCACCCAACCCCCGCCUGGGACGGGGCUGUGGGUCCCUUGAUUCAGAUGUACAGGGUAUGCGACGGCUUGGAGGGGGUGUUCGAGAUAGAGGCAGAUCGGAAAACAGAGGCCAGGAGAAGGGAAGGGCUGGGUCUGGUUCUAGCUCAGAGUCACAUCGCGGGACUGGGAGCCGUCCGGGGCUGGAACCCAGGUUUGGCCUCCGAUCCUCCUUUCAGAGAACCGAGUACGGAGUCUGGGUAGGCUGGGAUAGAAAUUCAUUGUGGGCGUCCCAGGCUAGGCCUCAGAGCUUGUUCUGGCCUGGCCUCGUCCCACGUCCCCAUGAGCGGCAGCCUCGGUACCCAGAGUGAGCGCGAGUAUGUGUGUGCGCCGGCCAGAGCGCUGGCUUGGCCGUGGGUGGGCGCGGCUCAUGGUGUCGUCGGGUCUCGGCCCGCACUGUGGGUGGGCGGGCGGUGUUCUCCGUUCUCCGCAGAGCGGGACGAGUUUCCUCGUAAGCGAUCAGAGCCGUUUCGCCAAGGAAGUGCUGCCCCAAUACUUCAAACACAGCAACAUGGCGAGCUUUGUGCGACAACUCAACAUGUACGGUUUUCGCAAGGUGGUGAGCAUCGAGCAGGGCGGCCUGCUCAGGCCUGAACGGGACCACGUCGAGUUCCAGCACCCAAGCUUCGUGCGCGGCCGAGAGCAACUACUGGAACGCGUGCGGCGCAAGGUGCCUGCGCUGCGCGGCGACGACAGCCGCUGGCGCCCUGAGGACAUGGGCCGGCUGCUGGGCGAGGUGCAGGCUUUGCGGGGAGUGCAGGAGAGCACCGAGGCGCGGCUGCGGGAGCUCAGGCAGCAGAACGAGAUCUUAUGGAGGGAGGUGGUGACACUGCGGCAGAGCCAGGGUCAGCAGCACCGGAUCAUUGGCAAGCUGAUUCAGUGCCUCUUUGGACCACUCCAGGCUGGGUCCAGCAGCACAGGAGCUAAGAGAAAGCUGUCCUUGAUGCUGGAUGAGGGGUGCCCAACACCGGCCAAAUUCAAUGCCUGUCCCCUACCUGGUGCCCUUUUGCAGGACCCCUACUUUAUCCAGUCGCCUCUGCCAGAGACCACCUUGGGCCUCAGCAGCCCUCACAGGACCAGGGGCCCCAUCAUCUCUGACAUUCCGGAAGACUCUCCGUCCCCUGAAGGAACCAGGCUCUCUCCCUCCAGUGGUGGCAAGAGGGAGAAGGGCCUGGCACUGCUCAAAGAAGAGCCGUCCAGCCCAGGGGGGGAAGGCGAGGCCGGGCUGGCCCUGGCCCCAAACGAGUGUGACUUCUGCGUGACAGCCCCCCCACCGCUGCCUGUGGCUGUGGUGCAGGCCAUCCUGGAAGGGAAAGGGAGCUUCAGCCCUGAGGGGCCCAGGAAUGUCCAACAGCCUGAACCAAGGGGCCCCAGGGAGGUACCUGACAGGGGGCCUCUAGACCUGGAGAGGGGAGGCCGGAGCCCAGAGAGUCUGCUGCCACCAAUGCUGCUUCGGGCCCCCCCUGAAAAUGUGGAGCCUGCAGGUCCCCUGGAUGUGCUGUGCCCCAGCCUGCAAGGGCGGGAAUGGACUCUGAUGGACUUGGACAUGGAGCUAUCCCUGUUACAGCCCCUGGUUCCAGAGAAGGGUGAGACUGAGCUGGCGGUCAAGGGGUUAAAUUCUCCAGGCUCAGGGAAGGACUCCACACUCGGGACACCGCUUCUGCUGGACGUCCAAGCGGCUUUGGGAGGCCCAGCCCUCAGCUUGCCUGGAGCUUUAACCAUUUACAGCACCCCUGAGGGCAGGGCCUCCUACCUGGGCCCAGGGGCCAACUCCUCCCCCUGAAACCCCCACCACCUGGAAGACAGCCUGGCUGAGGGGUUGGUCGGCAGCAGCACGUUGUGCUCCGCUUUCUUGAGCCCCAGGUGGAGGCUGAGUGAAGCCCUCCUACUCGGAGGCCCCUUUCUAAUAUGGAGACCUGCAUAAAAUUGCGUUUUUUCCUGUG